UAUUAUUAUCGUGCUGUUGUUGUCUUUUUGAGUAGUUGCUAUGGUCUUUCUGAUUCGUUAAUAAAGCGGUGACUGUUUUAUCCACCAAUCGUGGUCGGCUCAUUAAAGUGCUAUUUUAGUUCGUCAUAUAUUCACAUAAUUUUAAGUAAAUGUAGAGAACGCAUAUAAGCUGAUUAGAUUACAUUACAGCAGUAUCACUGUAAACAAGUGUGGCUUGCAUUCUUUUGAUAAAGUUUUAUUAUAUAAUUAAGAAAAGAUAAGACAUUUGGAAUUGUCCAUUUUAAACAAUUUGCUCGACGUUCUGGAAGCAUUACAUUAUUACAUUCAGAAACCAAGAUGAACUUUGCUGGGAAAGUAGUAAUUGUCACAGGUGCCAGUUCCGGCAUCGGCGCUGCGACGGCGGUAUAUUUAUCUAAGCUGGGAGCUAAACUCUCGCUCACCGGCAGAAACAUCGAGAACUUACAAAAGGUGACUAAAAGCUGUGAAACUUCAACUCCUACUUUCUGUGUUCCCGCGGAUUUGACGAAAGAAUCUGAUAUUGAAAAGAUAGUGAAAAACACAAUCGACCAUUACGGACAGCUCGACGUUUUGGUAAACAAUGCCGGCAUUAUUGAGACCGGCACUAUCGAGACUACAUCUCUAGCACAGUAUGACCGCCUGAUGAACACCAAUGUACGCUCUAUUUAUCAAUUAACAAUGCUAGCAGUCCCGCAUUUGCUCAAAACUAAAGGCAACAUUGUAAAUGUGUCUAGUGUGAAUGGUAUUCGGUCUUUCCCUGGGGUUCUUGCUUAUAAUGUGUCAAAAGCUGCAGUAGAUCAGUUCACAAGGUGUGUGGCAUUAGAGUUGGCCCCAAAGGGAGUGAGAGUGAACUGUGUGAAUCCUGGAGUUACGCUUACAGAGCUACAGAAGAGGGGCGGUCUGACAGAAGAGCAAUAUGCAGCCUUCUUGCUGAGAUGUAAAGAGACCCAUGCACUGGGUCGCCCUGGCAAGCCUGAGGAGGUGGCCGCUACCAUCGCUUUCUUAGCUAGUGACUUGGCAAGUAAUAUCACUGGAGCCAGCUUGCCAGUGGAUGGUGGACGCCAUGCAAUGUGCCCACGAUAAACAUGUUUAUGAUCAUAAUUAUACAAAGUGAAUUCUAACUCUUUUGGAUGUGCCUUUAUUGUUUGAAGAACUUAGUCAUUAAGGAGUAUCUUAUAUUAUAUAUCUUUUCAUAUA